GUGAAAAUCCACGUCGACGUUUUGAGCGUCAUCAAAUUUUGACAUUUCCGGUGUAAUUUGACAACAUGGCAGAUUACAGAACAAGAAAUGGGAAAACAGAAGAGAUGCUUGAUUAUGAAAACCAGCAGAAAGUGGAAGGGCUUUCAUCAAAAAUAUCCAGAUUAAAAGAGAUAGCUGUUGAUUUGGAUCAUGAGUCACGAGAUUCUAACUCAUUUCUGGACAGCAUGACUGAUAAUUUUGGCAGUGCCACUGGUCUGUUGUCUGGAAGUAUGAGUCGAAUGUCACACAUGGUGAAUUCUGGAAAAGGAAACCGAAAGUUGAUGUGUUAUAUUAUAUUAGGACUGGUUGUCAUGUUCUUUCUUACAUACUACCUUGUUACUAGAGUUACGUCUGGAUGAUCAAAUAAGGUGGUGAUUUGGGAUUAUGACAAUAUGAUACUAAACUUUGUAUGAAAUGGAUCAUGAUUAUUUCAGCUGGAAUGACUGGAUACAUUGGAAUCUGUAAGAAGACUGUUAGUCUUGGACCUUCAAGUUGUUUCUAUGGACCAAUAGAUAUAAAAUUGAAUGAUGUCAUUUUCUUGGUUACAACUGCACUUCCUCUCCUGGUAUCCAGAUCUGCCGCCACUUUUGUAUCAUAAAUCAUGUUUUUAAUUAAGUUAUUUCUAUAUUUUGUUAAUGUAUAUAUAUCUCCAGUGAUAGCAAAAUUAGGCAUAAGUUGCAAGUCUUUUACAAUAUGAACAAAAAUGUUAAAAUAUACUAAAAAUAUCUUUUUAAUGAUAUAACACAAAAGGUAAAAGUCAACUGACACUUGGAAAAACCAGGUCUUCAAGCAACCCUUAUCUCUUAUAUUAAGAUUCUUUAUAUGUUAUUAGCCAAUUUCAAUACUUUUUUUUGUUCAUAUUUUGUAACCAAUGAUUUUCGACUUCCAACUAAUUUUGUCGUCACAGUCAAAAAAUGUUUGGAGAAUUUAUGGAAAUGAUCUUUUCCAUAUGGGAAAGAGCUAUUUGGUAUAAUUGAUGAAAGAUAUUGUGUUGUAUAUAUAUGUAUGGAUAUGUGUGUUAUGAAUUGAAAGAUAUAUUUCUUUGUUGGAUCAGAUCCUAAUUACACAACCACCAACCUCGUGGGUUUUCUCUGGGUCCUCCAGUCUCCUCCGGGCCCGUAUCUAGACACCAUUAAGCGGGGGGGGCAUUACCUUUUGGUAGGGGGGGGGGGGCGAACAUUUUGAGGAAAUUUUCGGAAAGGUCAUUCUAACAGACUGUUGUAAUCAUCAUGCUAUGUAGUUACCUAGGCGUCUAAUAAGCAUUUUAAAAUAAGUAUUCAAACAAAAAAAAAAUAGUGAUUUUUUAAAUUUAUUUAAAACUAUUUUAGAUUAGUACAAAAAAAAUGGUUUAUAAAGUAAUGAGAUACCGUGGGAUUAAUAUGCGCAUAGUCGCCUGAAUUAUACCUCCUCCUGCUUAGGGAAGCGUAGUUUUUUUAGGUUAAUAUAAGGAACUGUGUAUACUUUAAUGAUUGUUAGCAAUUUCUGAGCGGGGGGGGGGGGGGGGCAUCCCCGCACCCCCCUGUAGAUACGGGCUCGGUCUCCUCCCACUGCUAAAGACCCUUACACGCAAGCAAAUUAUUGAAAUAAAAAUGGACCAUGUGUUAGUUUCGAAAUGACCUAGGUUGUAUCGAGUGGAUGUUAAACCCCAUUUCUCUCUCUCUCUCUCAGUUGGAAAAAAUGAACAGGUAAAAAAUAUAUAUUUGAUUCUAAAACCACUUCCAGGAUACCAAAACCCCUAUCCGACGAACCUAGAAUAUUCAAAACUUUACAUGAUAAUUCGAGCCAAGCUCAUUUUAUGUAAUACAGAUAUUAACGCAUGUGUCUUUAUGAAUGACUGAUUCUAACAUGGAUCCAGUGAGUGAGCUAGCUAGAAUUGGUGUAUUAACCAUGUGAUCUGUGACAACAGCUCCACUCAUAUACAAUUGCCAGAAGGGGGUUUGGUGGCUGAAUAGGUUAACAUGUGUGCUUUAGAUCAUAAGGUCUGUCAUUGAGUAAAGUGGUAUGUUUUCAAUUCCCGCUUGUAAGUGACAAGGAGUAUGGUCGUCUAUCCAACAUCAUGGGUUUUCUCUGGGUGUUCUGGCACAAGCAAAUUAUUGAAAUAAAAUUAAACCAUAUGUUAGUCCCAAAGUUUUUGUCAAGUGGACUUAAACCCCACCUCUCUCUCCAUGUAAUCUGGAACAAUACAUUGUUGUACAAACUCAUAUACAAAUGGCCAGUGGUUAAUAGAAUGUGUAAUAGAAUUAUAAUUUUAUUUUUCCUGGUCAUUAGAAGUAUACUUUCAAAUAUAAAUAAGUUUAAAAGGUCAAGCAUAUGACCUAAUUAUGUUUAAAUAGAUGACCUAAUUAAGCUCAAGGGAAUAUUACUUUAAUAAAGGGAUGCAGAAUUGUGGUUGUAUAAUACAGUGCUUGGGUUAUUAACAGACUGCUUUAUACGUGGGUUUUUAAUGUACAUGCACUUAUUUAAUUUAAUAAAGGGUGUUAUUUAAUACA